AGAGAGCGCCUCAUCGUCUGACUUCGAAAGGUGCCUUUUUCCGCUUCGGAAUCUGCCUAUUCUGUCCUAGGACGACCGUUUAGGGAGACGGCCGCGUCAAGAUGAACGACUACGAACUCGUCGUUCAAACCCUCACGGACACUCAGUUUCCCGAGAGAGCUCCGAAGGCUCUCGAACUACUGAAAAACUACGAGUGCAAAGAUGGCUACCUGAGGAUCCUGCUGCACAUUCUAGAAAACAGAGAGGUCCCCAUCGAAGUGCGCACCGUCGCCGCCAUACAUCUAAAAACGACCGUCAGGACGAGAUGGAAGGCGGGCAAUGACCAGGGCGAAGAGCCCGCGAUCGGCGACGGCGAGAAGGCGUUCAUUAGAGACAACAUCCUUCUGUCUAUCAAGUCGAAUGCGUCCGCGGUAUCUAUUCGAAACCAGCUAGAGGAGGUUCUCCGUUCUGUCGUCUCGUACGAAGAGUGCCCAGACAACCUGCACAGCCUGACGGAACAGAUUUUCGGCGCCCUGGGCUCGGGAGAGAAAGACUCGAUACUGGCCGCUCUGAUCUGCCUGCGAGGCUUCAGGUUCUCGAAGAACGACCCCGUCCAGUCCAACUUCGUCGCGUCGGUGCUCGACAAGCUGAGGUCGCUGCUGAAAUGUCUUGUGGACAACAACGACGCCGACAGUCUGCAGUUGCAACUGUUGAUCGUCAAAAACCUGCGCAAAAUUUCUAUUUCCACCGACGUCCCCCUGGCCACCGGGUGCCGCGAGAACCUCGAGGAGUGGAUGAACCUGCUGGUCCACUCCGUCUUUGGCUCCCCCGCCCCGACGGUGUCUCCGACGCCGGCGCUGUGGAUAAAACUCCGCGUCAACAUCACCUACUUGUUCAUCAUGUACACCGGCCGGUACUCUCGCAUCACUCGCGGCAAACUGCAUUCGGGCAUAUCGCAAGAGACCAUAGAGGUCGCGAACUAUUGGAUGAGCACCUACGCGGUCUCUUUCCUGAACAAGUGCUUCUACAUUUUGACGUUGUACUCCAAAAACCAGCUCGACAACAAAAAAUUUCUGAGCGUUGUUUUGGACUACAUUCACAACUCCAUCGCGAUCCCGUCCCUAUGGGACAUCAUCAAACCGCACUUGUGGGACCUGUUCACCAACGUGUUCAUCCCAAUCCUGUGCCUCAACAGCGAGGACCAAUACCUUUCGCAAAACAACCCGGUCGAAUGUGUCAUAAUCGAAGAAGACUCGCUCUACAACAUCGACAACCCCAGGUCUCAAGUCCUGCAGUGUAUAUACCGCAUAUCGUCUCAAAAGUCCUCGCUCGACUACCUGCAGACCAUUCUGGGCCUGAUAGUCGACGACAUCUUCGUCCCGUACUCGAAGAGCUUGCCAGAACACCGCGACAUAUGCAAAAAAUAUGCGGGACUCACCGUCCUCGGCAACCUUUCCAGACUGCUUCGGAAGUCGGAAAAACACCUCAACUCCAUCGAGUACCUGCUAGUCUGCUACGUCUACCCUGACUUCGAGUCCCCGUCCGUCGACUUGCGGGCGAAGGCCUGCUGGGCUUUCUCGAGGCUGUGCGGCGCGCAUUUCUCGGACCAACAAAACCUCGUCAACGGGCUCAAUUCUAUCAUCAACUUGUUCGUCUCUUCCAAUCACAUUCUCGUCACCUGCCACUCCGGAAAGGCCCUGAUCGAACUCAUUCGCCUAAACGCGUUCCUGCCCCUCAUCAAGUCCUUCGUUCCCGCUAUCCUCAACAAGUGCAUCGAAGUCAUGUCGACCAUCGAGAGCGAGUCCAUCGUGUCCAUCGUCAAGUACCUGAUCAAAGUGUUCCCCACCUCCGUCCAAAAGCAGGCCGUAGAACUCAUGAAACACCUCCUCGCCAAAUUUUUCCAGUCGGCCAACGCCUUCAACUCCAUUCCUGCACAACAAGAAGGCUCCGCCGACAGCGAGUACGAUGACCUCAUGUCCAGCUCCGCUCUAUUCACCGCCACGGAAACACUCAGGACUAUCCGCAUUUUGUACACAGAAAUGCACAGACAACACUACAUCCAAUCCAGCAUAGAACCGUACAUGUUCAGCGCCAUCGAGUCCUGUUUCCAAGAAAACUUUGUCCCCUUCAUCAGCGACGGAAUCGACCUCUUCACCAAAAUCCUCCGCCGGUCCACACCGCCGUUCUCCCAAAAAAUUUGGUCCUUCGUCUUCUAUAUGAAACAAGCGUUCGUCAACUGGGCCCCAGACCACAUCAGCGAAAUGAUCGAACCGCUCAUCAUCCUCAUCAUCUGCGACCAACCAACCUUCCUGGACCCCGGAUCACCCUAUUUGGAACAAAUAUACCUCAUGGCCAAUCACGCCCUCUCGGAUCCGAACUUCAGCGAAAGCGACGCCCUGUACGUCGUUCAACUAUUGGAGGUCGUCCUCAUCGAAUGCAAAGGCUCUAUCGACCACGUCCUACCCGCCAUCAUCGAGCUCACCAUCAACCGAAUUCGAAAACCCUGCAGCACCCCCUUCAAAGUACUUCUCCUAGAAAUCAUCCUCAGCUCCUUCUGGUACAACGCGGAACUGACCCUGCACCUGCUUAACCAACUCAACCACGCUCGCGACAUCCUAGAGCUCACCUUCGGGCUCCUUCAAGCCAACGCCUUUUCUCGCCUCCACGACAAAAAAUGCGCCAUUCUGGGACUGUGCAGCCUCCUGCGACUCCCCUACGCCCAACUCGGCCCCUAUUGCCAAGAAAAACUGCAAGACAUGAUCUCCGUGCUGCUCCGCGUGGCCAGAGACGCCCACGUCCAACGCUCUCAGCAAGACGCGCAAAAGACCGAAGAAGAAGAAGAAGAAGAAGAACUGACCGACACCACCUACGACAGCGACUCCGAAAACAGCUAUUCGGACGACUCGGAAUACGGCGAUUACUACGAAGAAGAAGAACUCGAAGAAGACGCCGACAAAAUCAUAGAAGCACUUCAAUCCACCGCGCCCAACUGCUGCCUUAUGAAACAAGACGACGCCAACGGAGACGCAACCCCGGUCAAUCACUCCCUCAAACAAGACGACGACGGCCUGAUCUGCUCAACAGAGGACGACGGCUGGCAAUUGGACGACUACGAAGAGCCGGACGAACUCUCAACAAAAAACGUCAUCGAGUCAAUAUACUUCCUCGAAACCAUAGAAGGAUCCGAGAUCCGCGACCACAUCAUGUCCUCCUUCUCCGAAGAAGAGAGACAAAUCUACCAGUUCAUCGCCUCAACGCCUGUAGGCAAACCCGCCUCCCUAGGCCAUGCUCCCCGCUCGAACUUUUAACGUGUCAAAUUUAAACACAAUUCGAAACCGCUCUA